AUGGCAUCCCAGAAUCUCCCAAUCUCCCUCAAGAACAGCUUGGAUGCUACCAAGGUGGACUACGCCCAACUGGGAGCGUCUGGACUACGCGUCUCAGUUCCGAUUCUCGGAUGCAUGUCCUUUGGUUCCAAGAAGUGGCAUCCCUGGUUGAUCGAAGAGGAGGAAGCUCUCGAGAUCCUCAAGGCUGCCUAUGACCGAGGUAUCAACACCUGGGACACGGCCAACAUGUAUUCCAACGGCAUCUCUGAGAAGAUUCUCGGGAAAGCAAUCAAGAAGUUCAACCUCCCCCGCCAUAAGCUUGUCCUCAUGACAAAGUGCUCCGUCUUUGUCGGCGAGGAUCAGGAGGUCGUGGGUCCCUCUCAUGGACAGUGCAUGGCCCAGAGCAAAGACUAUGUCAAUCAGGGAGGUCUCUCUCGCGCGGCCAUUUUCAACGCCGUCGAAGCAUCGCUCGCUCGCUUGGGAACUACCUAUAUCGAUGUCCUUCAGAUUCACCGCUACGAUCAAUCCACGCGGCCUGAAGAGACAAUGAAGGCCCUCCACGACCUUGUACAGAGUGGCAAGGUCCGCUACCUUGGCGCAAGCUCGAUGUGGGCUACGCAGUUUGCGGGCCUGCAGCAUGUAGCAGAGCGCAACGAUUGGACCAAAUUCGUGUCAAUGCAAAACUACUAUAACCUGUGCUACCGCGAGGAAGAGCGAGAAAUGAACCGGUUCUGCAAGGAAACUGGUGUGGGAAUUAUCCCGUGGUCGCCUCUAUUUGGCGGUUUGCUGGCUCGUCCGUUCGGUGUCCAGGACACGGAGCGCUCCAAGAUUCCGUCUCCAUUUGGCUCGGCAGUCACUUCAGCCGAUGAAGAAAUUGUUAAGAGGGUGGAAGAGGUAGCCGGUAAGAAAGGCUGGAGGAUGGCCCAAGUGGCUCUGCUUUGGCUGAGGAGCAAAGAUGCGAUUCCAGUUGUCGGCCUGAACUCCAUCUCCAAAGUUGAGGAGGCUGUGGAGCUGCGCGGCAAGGAGCUGAGUGCGGAGGAAGUGGAAUAUCUAGAGGAGCUGUACAUUCCCAAGCCCAUUGCAGGACACUUUUAG